UCGGCGUCCUCUGUACUGGACCGGCGGAGCGCAGGUCCCCGCCCGGGCCGGCCUGGCUCCAGGGGUGCGCAAGGCAGGAGUGCGGGGGGCGGCGCGCGGGCGCCGAGGGUCGGGGAGCGGGGUCCAGGACGCAGCGCCCGCCCCGCCCCUCCUGCCUCCCUCCUCACUACGGCUGGAGCAUGGACCGGACCCCGCGGUGCUGGCACCAUGACGCUCGCGCGCUGCCUGCUGGCUCUGAUGCUGGGGGCGCUCCCUGAGGUGCUCAGCGUUGGUCCGAGCCUCAGUUACCCGCUGUGCCUCCGCCACCGCCACUCGCCCCCUACAGGUCCCCACUACCCCGACCACCGGCCGCCUCCCUCGCCCCUCUGUCCCCGGCGGGCGGCCCCUGCCCUGCGCCCGCAAGCGCUCCAGGCUGGACUCUCGCCGCGGCCACCCCCCGGGGGCUGCUUCGCGGGGCAGCGCGGAGCCAACGUGACGGAGCUGGGCGCCCGGUGCCUGCACUGGGCGGAGGUGCCGCCCUUCCUGGAGCGGUCGCCCCCGGCGGGCUGGGCUCAGCUGCGAGGGCAGCGCCACAACUUCUGCUGGAGCCCGGACGGCACGAGCAGACCCUGGUGCUUCUACGCGAACGCGCGUGGCCAGGUGGACUGGGGCUACUGCGCCUGCAGACGCGGCCUCCCAUUGCCUGUCAUUCGCCUCGCCGAUGGCAGCAGUGCACAUGAAGGUCGAGUGGAGCUCUACCACGCUGGCCAGUGGGGGACCAUCUGCGAUGACCAGUGGGAUGACGCCGAUGCAGAGGUGAUCUGCAGGCAGCUGGGCCUCAGUGGCAUUGCCAAAGCAUGGAAUCAGGCAUAUUUUGGGGAAGGAUCUGGCCCAAUAUUGCUGGAUGAAGUACACUGCACUGGGAAUGAACUUUCAAUUGAGCAGUGUCCAAAGAGUUCGUGGGGUGAGCACAACUGCAAUCACAAAGAAGAUGCUGGGGUGUCCUGCACUCCCCUUACAGAUGGGGUCAUCAGGCUUGCAGGUGGGAAAGGCAGCCAGGAGGGGCGCUUGGAGGUGUACUACAGGGGACAGUGGGGCACUGUCUGUGACGAUGGCUGGACUGAGCUCAAUACUUACAUGGCUUGUCGGCAGCUGGGAUUUAAGUAUGGCAAACAAGUCUCUCCAAACCAUUUUGAAGAAAGCCCAGGGCCUAUAUGGCUGGAUGAUGUGAGCUGCUCAGGAAAAGAAACCAGUUUCCUUCAGUGUUCCCGGAGACAAUGGGGAAAGCAUGACUGCAGCCAUCGGGAAGAUGUGGGCAUCGCCUGCUACCCUGGCAGCGAUGGGCAGAAGGUCUCUCUAGGUUUUCCUAUAAGACUCAUGGAUGGAGAAAAUAAAAAAGAAGGACGAGUGGAGGUUUUUAUCAAUGGCCAGUGGGGAACAAUUUGUGAUGACGGAUGGACUGAUAAGAAUGCAGCUGUGAUCUGUCGACAGCUUGGUUACAAGGGUCCUGCCAAAGCAAGAACUAUGGCCUAUUUUGGGGAAGGAAAAGGCCCCAUCCACAUGGAUAAUGUGGAGUGUGCCGGAAGUGAGAGAUCUGUGGCUGACUGCGUCAAGCAAGAUAUUGGCCGUCACAACUGCCGUCACAGUGAAGACGCAGGAGUUAUUUGUGAUUAUUUCAGCAAGAAAGCAUCAGGUAGUAGUUAUAAAGAGACCCUCUCCUCUGUCUGUGGUUUGAGAUUAUUGCACCGUCGGCAGAAGCGGAUCAUUGGUGGGAAAAAUUCUUUAAGGGGAGGUUGGCCUUGGCAGGUCUCCCUCCGGCUGAAGUCAUCCCAUGGAGAUGGCAGGCUCCUGUGUGGGGCUACACUCCUGAGCAGCUGCUGGGUCCUCACAGCAGCGCACUGUUUCAAGAGGUAUGGCAACAGCACUAGGAACUAUGUUAUCCGAGUUGGGGAUUAUCAUACUUUGGUGCCAGAGGAGUUUGAAGAAGAGAUUGGAAUUCAACAAAUUGUGAUUCACCGGGAGUAUCGACCAGUCAGUAAUGACUAUGACAUUGCCCUGGUUAGAUUACAAGGACCAGAGGAGCGAUGUGCCAGAUUUAGCAGCCAUGUUCUGCCAGCCUGUUUACCACAGCACAGGGAAAGGCCACAGAAGACCGCCUCCAAUUGUUAUGUAACAGGAUGGGGAGACACAGGACGGGCAUAUUCAAAAACACUGCAACAAGCAGCCAUUCCCUUACUUCCAAAGAGAUUUUGUGAAGAACGCUAUAAAGGAAGGUUUACUGGGAGAAUGCUCUGUGCUGGAAACCUCCAGGAACACAGACGUAUGGACAGCUGCCAGGGAGACAGCGGAGGACCACUCAUGUGUGAACGUCCUGGAGAGACCUGGGUUGUGUAUGGGGUAACUUCCUGGGGUUAUGGCUGUGGAGCCAAAGAUUCUCCUGGGGUUUAUACUAAAGUCUCAGCCUUUGUACCUUGGAUAAAAAGUAUCACCAAACUGUAAUUCACAGAAACCUCAACAGUAAAUAUUUGAAGAAACUCAUGGAACCACUAAACUCUACUCUUAGCACUACACAAGAACCAAGAUAUUUUUGACAAAAAUUGUAUACCUCUUGCUGCUUUCGUGAUGUGAACAUUUGUGGCUAGAUACCUCAGUGAUACCUUUUACUAUCUGAUUCAAAGUACUGGGGAAAUUUUCUCUGCCUAUUUCUCAGCAUUGCCCAUUCUUUGAUUUUGUAAUAAGGCUGAUUUCAAACAGCUGAAUUAAUGUGGGGUGUGGAUUUGUAUCAAGAACUCAUUUGAUAUAAAAGGUACCUUUAUGCCUCUAAAUGUGGCAUUGUAUUUACCAUUUGUUCAUUUUCUGGUGAAGAGGUUAUCUCGACCUAAUUCUGGCUUUUGUCAAGUAAAGAAAUCAAUGGCCCACAAGGAAUUCCAACAACUUCUAAGGUGGAAUAGGAUCAUGAGGCAACAAGGACACUAGCCUGUUUACAAUAUAGUCCCAAGGAAAACACUAGGUAUUUCCAUGUAUCAUUGCAAAGUAGACACUGAAGAAACUAAGAAAAAUGUCUAGUAAGAAUUUGGAUUUAGGCAGCUGGGGA